UGGGCCACUAACGAUUUAUUUAGUUAAGAACACCGAGCAUAGGGCCUGUGUUGAGAUAUCGUUCCAGGCCACAUGCUUGUCUCCUCGAUAGAAAGGCCAUACGGCGUGUUCAUGCAGGUGCAACAGAGUAUCUCCAGAAUCACGAUACAGACUUGACUGAUUCCCAACGGACUGUCCGCGAAGCGAUUGCAAAAAUAUGUACUGCAUACACAGAUGACUAUUGGCUGAAGCAAGAGGAAAGCAAAAAGUUCCCGGCUGAAUUUCACCAAGCUUUAGCCCAAAAUGGCUGGCUAGGUGUUUGCAUGCCACAGCAGUAUGGCGGGUCAGAAUUAGGCAUCGCAGAGGCUGCCAUAAUGAUGCAAACCAUAUCAGAAUCUGGUGGAGGAAUGACAGCUGCUUCGUCAGUGCAUAUGAACAUAUUUGGUCUAGAGCCAGUUGUCAAAUUCGGAACCGAAGAGCAAAAAAAGCGUUGGUUGAGGCCACUGAUUGCAGGAAAAGAGAGGGCAUGCUUUGCGGUCACUGAACCAAAUACCGGGCUUGAUACACUAAAGUUGCAAUCACAAGCCCGGAAAAACGGAGAUCAUUAUGUAUUAUCAGGUCAGAAAAUCUGGAUUUCUACCGCACAAAACGCGCAGAAAAUCCUCAUACUCGUCCGGACCACGCCUCUAGAUCAAGUGCAGAAGCCAUCCCAAGGUCUUUCACUCUUCUACACCGAUAUCGACUCGUCUGUAGUCAAGAUCACGGAAAUUCCUAAAAUGGGCCGAGCUGCAGUGGACACCAACACGCUUUUCUUCGACAAUUGGCAAGUGCCGGCGAGUGAUAUGGUCGGGAAGGAGAACGAGGGGUUCAAAAUGAUUCUGCAUGGAAUGAACGCAGAGCGCAUUCUUAUCGGCGCCGAAGCAUUGGGCCUUGGGUACGCGGCAUUGCGGAAGGCAGCAAUCUAUGCGGGAGAAAGAAUAGUAUUUGGGCGUGCUAUUGGGCAGAAUCAGGCGAUCCAGCACCCGCUCGCAGACAGCUGGAUGAAACUGGAAGCAGCUCGGUUGAUGCUAUACCACGCAGCGCGCAUGUACGACCAGGGCUACGUCGGAGGCGAGUACGCUAAUGCUGCAAAAUAUCUUGCCGCCGAAGCUGCCUUUCAGUCGUGUGAGAGGGCGGUUAUGGUGCAUGGUGGGAUGGGCUAUGCGAAGGAGUACCAUGUAGAGAGAUAUCUUCGUGAGGUGUUCAUCCCUCGGAUUGCUCCAGUCAGUCGAGAAAUGAUUUGUAACUAUAUUGGGGAGCGCGUAUUAGGCUUGCCCAAAUCAUACUGAGCUCUACGUCAAUUGAUAUCGAUUAGUGAAUUACCAUGAAA